AUGGGAGAGAGUGAAAGUAAAAACCCAGGAGAGGCAGCUUUAGCCGUGUUCAUCUUAGUAUUGAAGAUCGAGCGCCUGGUGUUGGAGUACAUUGCCAACGUCGCUCGGUGCAUCGAGGGUCAAGAUUUUCCACCGAUGAGAGGUGUUUCAUUCAUUGGUUGCAACAAUGAGGUUGUUUCGAAAUUCGAGGGCUACAUCCAGAUUGCUGACAAGUACAUUUCGCAAAUCGAAGGAUUGACCACCUACAAACACUAUCUUCAGGUGUUUGAGGCGAUGCAUAGCUUGUUUUAUGCUGAGUUGGCUGAAAUAUUGAAACGGGCCAGAAGGGAGCUCGACGAUAAGCUGUCGAUUCUGAAACUGGUGAUCAACCAUUUCUUUUUGGAAGAACGAAUAGACCAGACUAUCGAAGAGCUACAUCAGCAGUUCAGCGAGUUGAAGCAACUCAACGGCAUGACUAAAAAGGCGAGCCAGAAGCGAAUAGACAAGUUUCGCUUCUUCCGCUAUCCAGACGCUCAUUCUAAAAUGAAGACAUUUGAACGGAAAGUUCAGAGCUGCUACGCAAAGUACCCCGAUGCUCAAGACCAGGGGUUGUUUGAACUUAGUUUAGAAAGGGCCACGAUGUUCAUAACCAUUGACCAGCCAAAGUAUGACCAGUUGCAAAACUCCAUCUUGCAGGCAAUCUUGGAUCGCGAGGGUGACAUGAGCUCGAGGUCGUUUACCGACGACGAGAUUAAGAUUAUAGAGUUGAUGGAAUACUUAACGGCGCAUCUUCAUUUUGUGCCCACUUUGGUUGCGAUUUUGGAGCGUUUGGACAUGUGUGCUUCCAAGUACAAAUUACUAUUAUGGCAUAUGCAACGGGCAGCUCAUCAUCGUCAUCAUCGUCAUCAUCAUGAAGAAGAAGAAGAUGAUGAUUACGAUGAUGGUGAAGAUGAAGAUGAAGAUGGUGUUGUUGAUGAUGGAGAUCCGCCAUCGGUUCUUGUCAAACUGGACUUUAGUAACCGCGUUUUGCAGAUCCUUACUCCAACUACCCAGAAAUUGAUCCAAGUUGGCACCGUGGGUUUAUCAAAAUACACAAACUAUUUACUCGCCGUCAAAUUCUUGGUGCAGUGGCAGGAAUUAGCGGAUACUUUUAUAUCUAGAAUCCGUCUUCCUAAUGCAACGGUGUUGAGUGAAGCUGAGGAUUUGAUAAAAUUGCAUGGAUUGUCGAAUAAUUACCUUGACGACUUGAGUGCCGUGGUGAGAUUAAUGACCGAUAGGCAGCACGCUAACAAUGACACCAACAAGAUCAUGGGCAAGAACCGGGAAGAAUUUGAACAUUUGGAUGAAACACUAAAGCAGGAUACGUUUAGAAUAUUGGAAGAGGCAAAGAUUCUAGAUCUACAAAAUCGAAUGGUUAACUGCAAACUUUUAAAAUUUAGAGCUCACCAAUCGGUCGCUUAA